ACACUUUUUUCCUAGAUCCAAGAUGGCGACUGUGUAAUUUUUCGUGCGUCGUUUUGCAGGGUUUUGUGAAAUUCCACGCGCUACUUUAAUUUUUAACCCGAAUUUCGGUAGCCGGCAGAGUGUCAACCUUUCUAUACAAUUCAUAAGAUCUCCGUAACAUUCAAUAAAAGCACGAAAACAGCAAGAUGGUGGACAAAAUUGAAAUGAGCCUCGACGACAUCAUCAAGUCAACUCGUUCGCAAAAAAAGCCGCAAGCCGCUCGUGGUGGACCAGGUGGAGCCCGCAGGCCAGGCGGCCAGCAGCGUUUUGCUGCCGGAGCUCGACGUGGUGGCGCCAAUGCGAGUGGACCUGCAAGGAAGCCAGGAAGCGCACUCAAAGGCCCUCGAGGAGGAGUGGCCGCUGGAGCCGUUCAGAAGGCAAAAUUCCCACGGGGCGAUGUGAACAGCGCUUGGAAGCACGAUAUGUACGACGGACCAAAGAGGGGAGCCGCCGGUGGAGGAUCAGGGCCUACCCGCCUAAUCGUCGGUAAUCUGGACUACGGCGUCUCCAACACGGACAUCAAAGAGCUAUUCAACGACUUCGGGCCGAUGAAGAAGGCGGCUGUACACUACGAUCGCUCUGGUCGCUCGUUGGGCACCGCUGACGUUAUAUUCGAGCGUCGUGCCGACGCCAUGAAAGCCAUUAAGCAGUACCAUGGCGUGCCUUUAGACGGACGCCCCAUGACCAUCCAGCUGGCUGUCUCCGACGUAGCAGCUUUAACCCGACCCGUAACUGUUAGCGAUGUCAAGCGACGCGUGGGUAGUGGCGCAUCAGCUCCAUUCAAGCGUGGUGGUGGCCAAGCUGGUGGCUCUCCGCGUCGUGGCAGCUUCAAACGUCCGGCCGGAGGCAAACCGGCGGCAGGUGGCCAGCGAAGGGAACGCAAAGCCCCACCAACUGCCGAGGAGCUGGAUGCUGAAUUGGACUCGUACAUCAACGACAUGAAGAUCUAAAUAGCCAAUAGUCUGAAUUAGUCUUACAAGAAAUACAAAGGAAAACACAAUCCCUAGUCUUAAGUCACCACUCUCUAAAUGGAUCACCAGGAUCGACAAAGCCGCGCCAAGGAAAAUUUGUUCACAUCGAAAACUUCAGACAUUUAGAAUUAUAACACAUUUGCGCAUGAUUGUUAAUUGCAUAUGUCAAUGAGGCGGCUGUUGGGAUAAUCCAACUAACUGAAAUACAAUUGAUGCUGUAUUUAAUAUUAAUAGUAAUACGCUUUAAAAAGUUCGACGAUGAAUUAAUGGACACUUGUAAUUCUAAACUGAAGUGUAAUAAAUACUAGAUUUAAUUUUGUGACCAAA